AUGGCAGUAGAAUCUGUGCUUACUUUUGCGACCGAGAGAAUACUGACGAAGCUGACUGACCUUGCUGCUCAAGAAUUCCGUAUGGCCUGGGGAUUCAAAGCUGAACUAAGGAAGCUCAGUCAAUCCUUACCCAUCCUUCAAGAUUUCUUAGGAGAUGCUGCUGAGAAGGCAAAAGAUGGGGGGCAAGGCAGUGGAAGAUUGGGUGAAGAAACUUAA